CAUAUUUCCUAAGGGAGAUUGAAAAGAAAGCAGGAAAUGAAGUUUUGGUUUUCCUGUGGAUGCCCAGGGAUGUGUUAUCUGUGUUUUGAGGGUGCUUUUUAUCAGCCAUCUCCUUGGAAUGCAGACAUUGUCAUCAUUAAUAUAAAUAUAAACACACAGCCACAGGAAGGAGAGGAGGCUGCUCCUGAGACAUUUAUGGCUUCGUGACCAAAUUCAGAGUUUUCUUUCCUUUCAGGCAUCCCCUGUGAAAGUUGAGGGAAAUAAAUUUUCUUUUCCUCAUCCAGGUUAUUUUUUCUUUUCCUCGCAUCUUCCCCAAGAGGCUCAGCUUGCAGAGAAUCCAGCUGCCUCUGCCAGAAAUGUGAUUUAUACAUGGAUGUUGAUCUCCCUGGGCUGUCUCCCGUGUUUCUUUGUGCUGCUCACAGUAAAUAUCAAACAUUUUCCCUCUUUGAUUGCAGCAUGAAAGGCAAAUCUAUACAUUUAGGAGCUUGUCGUGUCUGCCGUCCUCUGUGAGCCUGUCACUGGGAAAUCUCAGAUCAAAGGAGCUCUUUAGCUGCUUCCAGGAGUGUUGGAAACAUCUCUCUGAACAAACUGGAGUUUUUCAUCCCUGCUUCUGACAAACUCAAGUGCUGGGAAGGAGAGCAACUAUUUAUUAAUUCAUUUAUCUAAUUGUGGCAGCGAUGCUAACGCUGCCUCUGCAGUGGAUUCCAGUUUGUGAGGAUUUUUCCCACUUUUCUGUGUUUGUCUGUUCCUGUAAAGAUUUUCAUUUUCUAAAAUGCAGAGAUCAAGCCUGAAUAUUCACAGGAACUGUUCUGCCUCAGUAUCCAUUAAGGAGGGAAAUGAAGAUAAAUUCCCAGUUUGAAAUCACAAGGAGCGUUGCUUUUUUCCCAGCCUGGAAAUGAAACUCAAGAUAAUUUUAGUAAGGAGGGCAUAAAAGAGCAGAUCUUUAUUUGAAAGCCUUCAAGGGCUUUUGUGGACAUCUUUCUUAAUAAAAUUGUUGUAAAUGGGUUAGUAGUAUUAUAUAAUUAGUGGUAUUUAUUUUAUAUAUUUUUAUCUAAAAUAGAUUUUUAUCUAAAAUAGAUUUUUAUCUAAAAUAGAUUUUUAUCUAAAAUAGAUUUUUAUCUAAAAUAGAUUUUUAUCUAAAAUAAGAUUUUUAUCUAAAAUAGAUUUGAUUUUUAUAUAUUUACGUUAUAUGCGAUUUUUAUUUUAUAUUUUAAUUUUUUUUUUUUUUUAGAAUUAGGAUUAAAAAUAUGAAGGAGACAUUUUUCGUGUUUGGGCUUGGUUGUAUAUUGAAUUUUAUUUAAGGUACAGAGAGUUUUGUAAUACUUUUAGUUAUUAGUUAAAAGUGAGUAAAAUGGAGGUAAAUUUACUUAGUUGCAAAGUUUUUUUAAAGCUAAACAGUCUAAUAAAGAAUUAAGACUUAUAUUAUUUGUAUUUUCAUAUUAUUUAUAAAAUAAAUAUUUCUUUUGGAAGCCUUAAAUUCAGGAAGUGGAACAAAAAAAUCUGCCAUAGAGUGGGGAAGGCAAAGCCCCAUGCAGGGAUUGCCACUCUGGCUGGAGUGGUUGUGUGAAAAGAGAGGUUUACUUUUUUUGGGGUAGAUUUUAAAAGGUUUAAUAAAAGACAAUAAGAGAAAAAUAAAGCAAAAGGUUGGGGUGAUUGGGUCAUCUAAAAGCACUCUUGCUGUUUUGGAGACACUCCUUAAAUUCAGAUUCAUAUUCGUAGACCUGUCACAAUUUUCAAACUUUUUUUACAGAAGUUUAUUUCUCAUAUCCCAAGUUUUACAUGGUCACUCCUUGAGUUUGUAUUUUUAGAGUGUGUGUAUUUUUUUUUUUUACUGUGGUUUUGAUUUAUUUUCAGUCUUAACUUGGGCUGUGAUUUUCAGUUUUUACAGAAAAACCAAACCUGGUAGGUGGUAUAUUGUAGUAGGUGACUUUUUGGGGUGUUGUCCCACCAAACAGGCAGUUCACUGACUACAAAGUCAUCUACAAAGAGUAACUUUAUGUUACUCAUAAAGAAAACUGCAUCUUAAAAACCAUUUUAACACUUUAUUGUUUGGGAAAAGUCAGUACCAAAAUAUAUAUUUGUAACACUUGGGAUGUAAUAUCCUCCCCACAGAGGAGAGAGGGGGUGACUGGGUGCCUAAUUUAUUUUCUUUAUCACUCUUAGCUUGGCCUGUGAUUUUCAAUUUUUACAGAAAACCCAAACCUGAUAACUAGUAUAUUGUAGUAGGUGACUUUUUGGGGUAUUAUCCCACCAAGCAGGCAGUUCACUGACUACAAAUAUACUUUAUUAGCUUAUGUUUUAAUUGGGUGUUAAUCAACUAUAUCACUGUUGCACUACAGAGACUGAGUUAAUGUUACCCUCAAAUAAAACUGCAUCUUAAAAACCAUUUUAACACCUUAAUAUUUGUGAAAAGCCAAUACCAUAAUAUAUAUUGAUUACACUUGGGCUGUCAAUUCCCACUGAAGAGAGAGGAGCUGCCUGGGAGGGAGGCAAUGCUGAUACUGCUCCAGAUUGUCAAUCCUUGUACAUCUUUUCCCAGCCAGGUCUGUGCUCAUCCCAGCAGCUCCACAAGGAUGGCCACGGACUGGCUGGGCAGCAUCGUGUCCAUUAACUGUGGGGAGAGCUUGGGAGUUUACCAGGGCAGAGUUUCUGCUGUGGAUCAGGUCAGCCAGACCAUCUCCCUCACACGGCCCUUCCACAACGGUGUCAAAUGCCUCGUGCCAGAAGUCACCUUCAGGGCAGGUGACAUCACUGAGCUGAAGAUCCUGGAGAUCCCUGGGCCGGGGGACAGCAGACAAUGUGGGGACUUACAGCAGAUGGACACAGCCAUCCCAGGAGUGAGCUGCCAGGUGGGGCCCAGCCAGAAUGGCACUGGCAAGGUGCUGAAGAAGCCCAUGUCCAGCAGUGCCCCUCAGAACAUCCCCAGGAGGACAGACAUGAAGAACCAGGACCUUGUCAUCUCCCCACAGCAGCAGUGCUCCAAGAGCUACAUGGAUCGACACAUGGAAACGCUGAGCCAGUCCAAAGGCUUCCGUCGGAGGCACAAUUCCUGGUCAUCCAGCAGCCGCCACCCCAACCAGGUGACCCCGAAGAAGAGCGGCCUGAAGAACGGGCAGAUGAAGAGCAAGGACGACGAGUGCUUCGGGGACGACAUCGAUGAAAUCCCAGACACUGAUUUUGAUUUCGAGGGCAACCUGGCCCUUUUUGACAAAGCAGCUGUGUUUGAAGAGAUCGAGAUUUACGAGAGGAGGAGCGGCACCCGCUCCCGAGGCACCCCCAGCGAGAAACCCGCCCGCUACCGGCACGACGAGAACAUCCUGGAGUCAGAGCCCAUCGUCUACAGGAGGAUUGUGGUGCCCCAGAACCCUCACAAGGAGUUCUGCACGGACUCGGGGCUGGUGGUCCCCAGCGUGUCCUACGAGCUGCACAAGAAGCUGCUGGCCGUGGCCGAGAAGCACGGGCUGACCCUGGAGAGGAGGCUGGAGAUGACAGGGGUGUGUGCCAGUCAGAUGGCCCUGAGCCUCCUGGGGGGGCCCAACAGACUGAACCCCAAGAACGUGCACCAGAGGCCCACGGUGGCGCUGCUCUGUGGCCCCCACGUGAAGGGAGCCCAGGGCAUCAGCUGUGGCCGGCACCUCUCCAACCACGAUGUCCACGUCAUCCUCUUCCUCCCCAACUUCGUCAAGAUGCUGGAGUCCAUCACCAACGAGCUGAACCUGUUCAGCAAGACACAAGGCCAGCAGGUGUCCAGCGUCAAAGACCUCCCAGACACCCCGGUUGACUUAGUGAUCAACUGCCUGGAUUGUCACGAAAAUGCCUUUCUGAGAGACCAGCCUUGGUACAAAGCUGUGGUGGACUGGGCCAACCAGAACCGAGCCCCCGUGCUGAGCAUAGACCCCCCCAUCAGCGAGAUGGAGCUGGGCAUCGAUGCCAAGUGGUCACUGGCCCUGGGGCUGCCGCUGCCGCUGGGCGAGCGCGCCGGCCGCGUCUACCUCUGUGACAUUGGCAUUCCCCAGAAGGUCUUUCAGGAGGUGGGCAUCAACUACCACUCGCCCUUUGGCUGCAAAUUUGUCAUCCCCCUGCACUCCACUUAGAGCCAGUGCAGCCCCUCGCAGCUCUGAAGGGAGAGAAGAUGGAGGAGCUUUGUGAAAACCAAGCUGGAUCCUGACUCUGGUGACGCCUUAAAAAGAAAACAAAACAAAAAAAAAAAAGAAAAAAAAGGAUGUGAAGUUCUGGAGGGUUCGCCUUCCCGAAGGAACGCUGUGCAUUUAAAAAGGAAAAAAAUGGAAUAAUCGCAAAAUGAAAUGAAAAAAAACAAACCCCAAAACAAACAAUACAAAAAAAAAAGGAAGGAGGAGGAGGAAGUGAAUUGUUCCUGUUUUCGUUCUCCCGUGCCGUGGGGUGAAGGAGCGUGCCGGAGCGUGCAGGACUGUGGUGUCUGUCCCCUGCUGCUGCCCAGCCCUGGCUGGCACGUGGUACAAAUAAGGGUGGUUUGGAGCUUCGAGAUGUGUUUCUGGUCCUUCUGGUUGGAUAUUCCCAGCGAGGACGUCCUGGUGGGAACAGCACCCCUUGGUGGUGUAGAAAUCCCUUGUGUCGAGGGAAAAUCUCCUUUUGUUCCCGUAUUGUUUUUGACUGCCCCAUCCCUGUUUUGUGUUCUGGAAGGCAGCUGGAGCUCCCUGUCCUUCCCAGCCCCUCGAGGGGAGGGUUCCCUGUUUGGACAGCUUGUGGCAGGAGCCAGAGGCUCACCUUGGGAACACUGAUGUCCUUCCUCAGCUAGGCCUUACUCCUUAUGUACUGUUGUCUUUGUUCGCUCUGUGAGGUGGAGGCCUGGUAUGGAAGAGAACUUUUCCAGAUCCUCCUUGUGGGGUUUGGGGUUGGUUUCUUUUGUUCUUUCUCCGUGCUGGCCCAGGGCGGGGGGAGUGGAGCAGGACAGGGUGUUGGGUGCUGUGUGAUGCAGGUGAUGUUUGGGUUCCUUCCAGCAUCCCUGCUGCGUUUGGUGUGGUUUGGGAAGUAGCUCACGGAUCUGUUCAUUCCCUUUGGAAUCAAAGCCCGUGUGUGGGGUGGGCUGGUGUCUUGGCCUCAGGAGGGGCUUGGCUCCUGUUUGCUGGCAGGAGAAGGUGUGGUGGGAGCUGCUGUGCUCCUGGAGGGCUGUGGCAGAGGAAAAAAAUCAGAAAUCCGCUCUGGUGUUGGACUGCUGUCCCAUGCCCGGCCAGAAACGUUGGAUUAUCCUCUCCUGUGUUCCUCUUGUUGGCCUGGGUGCAGUGCCUGCAGCAGGGAUGAGCUGAGGAGCCACCAGCUCAUCUCGCUGGCUCCGUGUACCCCUGGAGAACUGCAGCUGCAGGAGGGGCUGCCAGGCUGAGCUGCUCCCAGGAGGAGCUGGGAACGUGGGCAGUGCUGGGAGCUCUGCUGCUCCCCUCACACUUCACCCAUCCUCAGGGCUCCUGCAGGCUCCUGCACCUCACACAGCCCUGCUCUGGCAUCGGGGAGAGCUCCAGGAGUGCUGCCUCUGUCCAGGGGAGCCCGAAGCACUGGGACCAGUCCAGUGUGGGUCCAGCCCCACCUGAGCUGGGGCUUUAGUCAGGCGCUUGUCUUUCCUUUCCUCUGCUAGAACAAAGGCUAGGGCUGUCAAAGGAGAAGGGAAGAGUCUUCCCUGCUUGGAAAGAAGCAAUUCCAGGGUCCAGCCUGGGAGUGUGGGGUGCCCAGAAGGCUGCUGAGCCCAGGGCUCACCCCGAGGUCUGUCCCCCUGCACGUUGCCAUAUCUACCUCAGCAGGCCCAGGGGCUGUGCCCUGGCUGGCUGCAGCCCUGAAUCCCCUCAGCUGCUCUCGGGCACUCGGCAGUGCUGGCCUGGGGGGCUCUGCCCCACGGUUCAGCCCCAGCUGAGGCAGCACCGACCAGGCUGUGGUUCUGACUGGGACAGGACAGCAGUGUGGUGGUUAUUCACAACACAAACACAAGGUUUCCCUCUGCCUUUUUCUGUUGUUUUUUCAGCUGUUUCCUCGGAUCUUUGCUCGGAUUAAAAAGGUUGUUGCUGUAGUCAGUGUUAGCUUUAGUCGCCUUAUUUUCACUCUCUUUGCUCAAGACACUCAGUAGGAGACUUGCUAUUUCAAUUUCUGCUUUCUGCAAGUUUUUCCUGCCCUUUCUGGGUUUGGCUGUUGAGCUGUAGCUUGUACACAAGAGCUCCUAGAGCAGGAGCAGGGCAGGGACAGUCCAGGGUUGCAGCUGCCCUGCCUGGAAGGCACUGGAGCAGAUGACGGUGUUUUUGCAGGGAUGGAGUUCUGGGAAGCACCGAGGCCCUGGUUAUUGCCAGCCUUGAAAUGGUUCCCCAUGUUGAACUAAAAAAAUAAAGUGAACAGUGUUGUACAACAGCAGGGUUUGGCUCCUGGUGUAGGGCCUGGGAUUCCCCAUCCCAAAUCCCUGCAGGGUUCAGGCAGCGUGGGGCUGCGCUCACUGCCUGCUAGAUUUGGGUAUGUGGCUGUACUCCCCUCACAGGCAGAUGUUUCUUGGCUUCACACAGCUGGAAUGAGGCAGCAGCUCUUGUGGAGCCCUCAGAGGCCCAGAACAGGCCCUGGGUGUGCUCAUGGCCGUUCCCCACGGUGCCGGAGUUAAUGCUGAGAGCCGAGCACUGCUGUGGCUGUGCUGGGGACAGUUCCUACCCUCACCUGCCCCAGCAGCUCAGGAACGGCCCUGGCUGCUGCCCUGGGGACAGGUGACCAUCACUGCGCUGUGGCACUGCUUGGUGACCCCCGCGUGUGACCCGAUGUUUGUAACCACCCGAUCCUGCCACUGCGGGGGACCGUGCCCUGAAAUAAAAUGCAAC